UCACUCGCCCUCUGCUCCUCGUCACUCAUUCACUCGCUCGCCUCGUCACUCAUUCACUCGCUCGCCUCGUCACUCAUUCACUCGCUCGCCUCGUCACUCAUUCACUCGCCCUCUGCUCCUCGUCACCCUCUGGACUGGCCGGCUCCAGCCAUGGAGUCGUUCUUAGCCCCCAACCACCUGGGUGUGGACGACUGGGGUAACCACACACACACAGAGAUGGGGAACUUCGAUCUGGAGGAGGAGAUGGAUCUCAACGAACUCAACGACAUUUUCCGCGCGCUCAAGAGGGACAUGGAGCUGGAGGAGGACGUGGAGCUGGACAUGGAGGCGCUGGCUGCUGCUGCUGUCGACGUAGCAGAACCGUGGAGCGACAUCUACAAGCAGAUCUUCACUGACACGGAGGUGAAGGAGGAGAAGGAGGAACCGGUGGCAUCCUCGCCGGACUCGCGCUGCCUGGGCUCCCCGGCCUCCAUUGGCCCUCUGGGGCCUGAGGACGUGAAGGGGGAGAGCGGCCCGCCCACCCCGCCCACCUUGCCGGGUGACGUGCCGUGUCCGUCCCCGCUCCCCACCGUUGCCGGCAGCUCAGCAGCCGCCGCAAUCGCCGCACUCCGGCCAGAGGAGCCGCGUGGUUCGGCCGCGCGCACCGGUGGCCCCCUGCUUCUCCCACGGUGCCCGGGGCUGUCUGGCGCUGGCCCGGCUGGCCCGGCUGGCCCGGCUGGCCCGGCUGGCCCCGUGCCACCUCUGCCCGUGCUGCUCACGCGGGUUCCCCUCCUCACUCCGGUGACAGCCGGCCCACGCUGCACCGCCACCCACGGCACCGCCGCUACUGCGAUGGGCCCAGCAGCCCGCACCGCGGUGUUGCGGUGCCCCAGCCAGCUGCUGGCUCCCGCUGGCUCCAGCGUGGUGGCCGUGCCGCUCCCAAUCACCGCCAGGAACGUCGUGGUGCCGGCAUCAGCAUCGGCAGCCAAGCCCAUAGUGCCAGCACCGGCGGCUUCUAUGCCCUCCGCCCCCGCUGGCGCUGACGAGCGAGUGUGGAGGCGGCAGCAGCGCAUGAUGAAGAACCGGGAGUCUGCGUGCCAGUCGCGAGCGCGCAAGCGGCAGCAGCUGCAGCAGCUGCAGGGGCAGCUGCAGGCGGCGCUGGUGGAGAACGCGGCGCUGAGGCGCGAGAACGUGGCGCUGCGGAACCAGCUCGCUCAGCUGCUGGCGCUCGCACAGGGUGGAGGGGGUGGUGCUGCCCGCACCACGAAGGCUGUCUGUGCCAUGGCGCUGCUGGCGUUCAUCGUCCUGGGAUACGGCCCCCUCGGGCUGGGCCCGCUGGGGGAGGCCCCCCACUCCCCUGCCCCCCACCCCCGCCUGCUGCCCCCCCUGCCCGGGCGGAGGCUGCUGGGGUACGAGGAGCGGGCACAGCCACCCCCCUCGACCCCCCCCACAGAGACGCAGCGCCCACACAGCCGUGCACGCUGGGCUGACUCGGAACUGGUCCUGAGGAGGGACGACCAAGUUGUGAUCCUACCCCAGUCCUGCAUCCAGCUCAACAGCAGCGAGAUCCUGCGGCUGUCUGGGGAGCUGCAUGGAUGGAUUCUGCGGCACGAGCGGCAGCGCAAUCGCACCGUGCUCACUCCAGCGGCACGCUCAACCCCCCCGAGGAGGUCUCAGCGCCGCUCCCCCCCACUCAUCCCCCCCAUGGCCCCCACCGACAACAGCGCAGAGAGGGCGCUGUCCAGCCAGCUGCAGGUGCCGGGCGAGUGGCGCUGGCGCCAAUCCUGGGACUUCCUGGAGCUGAUUGGACGCCGGGACGACACCUUCUACGUGGUCUCCUUCCGACGGGACCACCUGCUUCUCCCGGCCCGCGCUCACAACCACACACGGAGGCCACGCAUGUCGCUCCUCAUGCCCGCCAUGGCCCAGCACAACGACUCGGUGGUCCAGGAGGAUGUGGGAGAGUCGAUGAUGCAGAUCGACUGCGAGGUGACCAACACGCGGCUGCUCCACGCGAAGACGCGGACCACACCCUCCUCCUCACCACCCUCCUCAGCAUCCUCCUCACCACCACCCUCCUCACCGCCACCCUCGUCGUCAUCGUCGUCGCUGCACACGGCACGCGGACGAGGAUGAGCCAAUCGGAGACGAGCGGGGUCCGACACACACAGCCAAUCAGAUACAAGACGUACAGCCAAUCAUAUUCGAGACACACAGCCAAUCGGAUACAAGACACACAGCCAAUCAUAUUCGAGACAUGCAGCCAAUCAGAUACAAGACACACAGCCAAUCAGAUACAAGACGUACAGCCAAUCAUAUUCGAGACACACAGCCAAUCGGAUACAAGACACACAGCCAAUCAUAUUCGAGACACACAGCCAAUCAGAUACAAGACAUACAGCCAAUCAGAUACAAGACAUGCAGCCAAUCAGAUACAAGACGUGCAGCCAAUCAGAUACAAGACAUGCAGCCAAUCAGAUACAAGACACGCAGCCAAUCAGAUUUGAGACAUGCAGCCAAUCAGAGAUAGUGGUGCUCUGUGAGGCGACUGCAGGGGGUCUGUUGACCCCUGGUGUUCCGCGCGGCUACUGCAGGGCGAGUCCACGAAAAAGAAAAAUGAGAACAUCCUCACCAAAGAAACGUACAAACAUUUCCUUGGAAAAUCAUGCGGCAAAUCACCCGACCAUGGAUCACACACAGCAGCCAUCGUCGCACCCGCUCCCCCGCCUUCCCCCUUCCCCCUUCCCCUCUCCUUCCUACGCGCUGUAGACUUGUUUCCCAGAUCACUCUUGCAAGUGAGACUCAUACCCUGGUCUCCGGAGCUCCCUCAACCUGUGUGACACAAUAAUGAAGUUGAAGCUUGAGAUUAUCCACAUCUGCCAAAUGUGAAAUAUAGAGACUCAUAUUUACGAACGAGUUGGGUUCCAGAGGUCUGUUUGUAAGUCGAUUUGUUUGUGAGUCCAACUUUAAUCAUGUCGAUUCCAAACAUGGUGUACGACAUGUACACUAAACACGGGGAAUGGCUUUAAUAGUUGUAUAAUCUCCUGCAGAUGUAGAUACCACUGGUUAUUCAUGUACUGCAGAUGUAGAUACCACUGGUUCUUCAUGUUCUGCAGAUGUAGAAACCAAUGGUUCUUCAUGUUUUGCAGAUGUAGAUACCACUGGUUCUUCAUGUUCUGCAGAUGUAGAAACCAAUGGUUCUUCAUGUUUUGCAGAUGUAGAUACCACUGGUUCUUUAAGUUCUGCAGAUGUAAAUGCCAUCACCGCCAUCUAUUGCGCGGUGGUGGAACUUACGACUCUCGGUCCGAACGGGCAACUGGACAUACGGACAGGUUUGUUCGUAUCUCUGAAAGUUCGUAAGUAGAGGAUUCUCUUGUACAUUUUUUUACGAUAUUACAAUUUACGAUCACAUCAUUGGGACAGCCUGACAGAUGCCUCCCUACUGGCUGCGAAUUCUCACUCUCAAAUCCUCGGGGAAACAGAGUUGCCUCUGUGCCGCACAGAAGCAGCUGCCACUGGGGGUGCCCCCUAGGCUAAAAAAUAAACACCCAGUACAGUCAGUUCUGCUAUUGCGCGUGGCUUCCUUCAAGUGAAUUGGAUGAUACAACGCGAUGAAUGUAUUCAGGGAAAGCAUUUUUUUUAUAUAACGCGGAUGCCAAUUGAAUACGUAAUACGAUCGAGUGAAUAGAACUACGUCGCAGUGCGAGUAAGAAUAAAGCGGUGGUAUGUACGGCUGCUGCCUCGGCAUAGCAUCGUCAUCGCAAGAGGCAUUAGGAUGCUGCUGGAUGCAGCUUAUGGACGCUACCUGCCACCACACGCCUCGGUCUUUGUUCGGGCCCUGCGUUACGCCAUCGUCUCCCGCGUUAUCGUGGACUCUGCUUUACCCGCCUAUAUCGUUUAUUAUUAUUAAUUAUAAUGCGGUGUUCUUCAGGAACGCAACUACCUGAGUGUGGAGAGGUAGUGUCGUGGUUAGCGCUACCCUGUGCUACAAACCCGGCGACCCGAGUUCGAAUUCCGCUCACGGCCAACACCAGUGACGAUUAUCUGAACUGAUCCUGGGCCUCCCCUAGGUCGACUCAGCCUCAAAUGAGUACCUGGUGUGGUGUGUAAACAUCGCUACUGGGGAGACAAAGGUGGUCCGGCAUGGUGCUGGCCACCUACCCCCUUGUGUAUCAGAGUACCGGCUUUCAUAGGUACUACUUGCUAACAACACCUACCCCAACAUUCUGUUAAGGCUAUACGGGGGAUCUUUGUCUUUGCAAAUCUUCUGUUUUGUACUCUCCGUCAUGGAGAUCCUUUUUUCCCACGCCACAACCGAGCCGUAGCCAAGCCGGCCACCCAGCAUGGCCAGGGGGGCAGGGGGGCGCUAGCCGUAGUUUUUCCACUGCGGAGGCCAGUCGAUGUCGUGACUCGGUGCGCCGAGUCGUUAGCCCAGCCACCCCCCCCCUUCCUGACCCUGCUUUGCCCCCAACCGAACUGGGAUUUAUUCUAAGGGUGGUAGCAGCUACAGUAGCAGCGGCGUAAUUGUCGCGGUUCAGUUCUGGCAUGGCUCGGAUGCACCAGUGGGCAAACCACCACUUGUACCGUGCUGGCCCUGCACUGGCUCGGGUGUGACCAAGGGGAAAACCACCAUCUGUACUGUGCUGGCACCACUCUGGCUCAGGUGUGCCAUUGGAAAAGGGGCACGUGAGAUGCAUCCGCGCGGUUGUGUUUGUACGAGGCGGGGCGGGGGGGAGGUCUGGACCGAUUCCCUGGCGCCGUGCUCAUCACGGUUGUUGGUAUUUAACAAGUGAGCAAGCUUGCCAUUAUUUAUGCCGGUCGGGUGGCCCCUUGACGCGGCGACCUGACUCUGCGACCGGGAGAGGGGCGUGCCCAUCGCCGGGCUCGAUGCCGCGAAGACACGGCUCUCUCUCAUGACGCUCGAGAAAUAAAACCGCAUGCGUGGACGCUCGGA